CGUUGACUGCGCGCUUUGUGACUGUUGAUAGCCGUUUUCUUCUUCAUCGUCGUCUUUUCAAUUUCAAACCACCAAGUCAAACAGGGGACACUUCUCGGAGAACUAAGGCUCUACCGGGAGACGCACCAUGUCGAGGCGCUACAUAAGCGGUGCCUCCUGAAGGAGAAAGGAAACUGUGACGCCGAUGACACUAUGGGCGGUAUAAGUUUCCACCGUUUUCCUCGGGACCCCUUGAGCUUUCAGUCUGUAUGGACACUCCCUGGAUAGGUCAUCCUUCCACAGUGAGGUGGUACAAGGCGUGGCUGGAGUUUUGCAACCUGGAGGCGGAUACGAGUCUAAUUUCCAUUCGCUCUAAGGUCCUGUGCUCCCAGCACUUCGCACCAGUUGCUUAUUUGCGCACAGGAAGGCUUCGGUGGGAUGCAGUUCCUACAUUGAAGCGCACACUGCAUGGCGUUGGAGGAAGUAGUGCCUACGCCAAUCAGAGCAGACUUGAAAGCAGUGGGCCUUCAACGGAGGAACGUGUGCAAGCUGUGGUAGCCUGCGAUGACGACAGCACAGGAGCAAUACACCUUCACCAGAUGAGUCAUCCUUGCCAUGCUGAAGAGUGUGGUACUGAAGAAAGUCAGCAACAGCGUGAUCUGUCUCAUCAGGACCAUAGCUACGCACAACACGCACCAGCCUUGUCAACACAGAGCACUGUUGUCUCCCCACUAGCUGCAGUUGUCACUCCUCUGCCAGGAACGUCGUCUGGUGUACUGCGUGCAGUCUCGUCACCUCAGCACUUAGGAGGUGGAAGUGGCUGGCAUCCCCCCAAAGAUUGCCCAUCGUCCAGUAGUCUAGCAGCUCCAGCACAGCCAACAAAAGGCAAGCUGGAUAACCUCCGCAAGAAAGUGCACCAGUUGCAAGCCCUGUGUUCAGCACCUGUGUUCAUAGAUACCUAGCAUACAUUUUCUAUUUUGAAUCUUCA